UGGAAGUGGAGGACUGGUCUGAUCCUGUCCAGUGUCCAGUGUCAGUGUCCAGUGUCCUCUGGUCGGCGGGUCGGCAAGUCUUCUGUGUAGAUUAGGUGUCCUUUACAAGGAAACCUGGAAUUACACAAUCCAGAGCCUAGUGGAAGAAAUACAACUACUGUGCCCAUCAUGGCAGAGCCGGAAAACACUGAAACUAGAUUGAAGAACAUCUUGUCAUCUCUACAAAAGAUAGUAGAAUGUCCAGUAUGUCUGGACACAAUCCAAAUUCCAUUUAAUACAUGCAACAAAGGCCAUGGGGUUUGUAACUGCUGUUGUGAGAAGUUAAGGAAUUGCCCGACUUGCGAAGGUCCAUUUAUAAUAGAGAAUCCUGUUUGUUUGAAAAACCUUCUGGAAGCCCUUCCUCGUCAGUGCAAGUACCAUGGAGAUGGUUGCCUAGACAUUCUGGAGCCAGGGAGUGACCAUGAGGAGUUUUGUGGUUUCAGACCUGCGAAGUGUAGGGAAAGUGAUUGCAACACUGUGACUCCUUUGAUAAAACUGGUGGAUCACUAUGAGAAAGAGCAUUGUAACUCAGUCUUUCAGUACGAAGCAAAUUCAAGUGAAUGGUUUUUCAUUGAAAACUUUGAUCCUGAAAAACACUAUGCUGGUCAUAUGCUUUUGUCUGUGUUUGACAAUAUAUUCUGGAUUACCCAAACUAAUGAUUUAAACCAGAAAUAUUUUGAGUUUACCUUUGAAGCAACUCCAAUUGGAAAGUUGAAGAAUGAAUAUUUUUUUAAAUUAAAGAUUCAAAGAGAUAAGUUCAAUUAUCAUUCAUAUGUAUCUACAUUGAAGGCUUCUGUGGUGAACUGUUGUGAAAAAAAGGGGGAAAGUAACUCAGGUUAUGAAGAAAAUUGCAUGAGAAUUCCACAGAGGGCCUUGUUUAAUCUUAUUGAUCAUGAAGGAUGUCUUAAUUAUAAGUUGAAGUUUUUUGAAUGCAAAAAGUAAAAUCUCCUAAGCUACAUUAAACUUGUACAAUGUAAGUUUUGUGUAUGCAGCUUUGUCAUUUUAGGGUUUCAUCCCUCAGCUGGGUAAAAUACCAGCCUCUUCAAUCAAGAUAAAACGUGAUCAAUCCAUCAUGUUAUGUAUUUUUUUAGAUUAUUAAGGGGGUAGUUAAAAUUUUUACUUGUGAACUAGUGAUAUGCUGUCAUCAUGGAGUAUCUUAUAUGGUACAGUUCAUUAGCAAAACCUCAACAUCCAAAGUGAACGAUAACUUUUUAAAGACCCCAAACUGUGCAGUGCAAUAUAGAUAAUUCGACUUUAACCCCCCCCCCCUUUUCACCAAAACCAACGUUAAAAUGGUGUAACUUUUUACCAAACAUUACGGGAACUAUAUUGCACAAUUAGGAGGCAAAGUUAGCUUUCACUUUGGAUGUUGAGGUUUAGGAAUCUCACCAUACUAAUAUCGAAGAUAAAGCAAAUGAGUAUUAUGAUAUGACGUUUACUUUGAACAAAUAUACAAAAGACAAAGUGUUCUUUACAGUGCCUAAACUAAAUGAUUUUGUAAUUUUGAAGAGUUAUAUGAUAGAGGAAACUUGGACAAUAUUAUAAAGAAUUUUAAUUGUAUGGUUUUAAAAAAUGACAAAUAUCUAGAGUUGAUAAGAUACCAUGAUUAUUGAGUACUGUAUAUGUAAUGUAAGGAUGAGCUAAGUGAUAAAUGACAGUACCCUUUUGAAAGUGUUAAAUAUGAGAAUAUGGUUUCCUAUGUUCUUAACUACAUGAUUUUGAUUUUUGCCACAUAUUGAUGCAACAAUGGAUAACAUG